UCGAUUUAUCAUUUUCAAAAAACAUCUACCCAUUUUCAACCUUCUAACAAUUUCAGAGAUACCACGCAAGGCUGCAAAUCCCAGAACUCCCGAACAGUUCUCCUCUGUAAAUUUUCGAAAUGUUGAGGUUCGUUUCUUACUCCAAUUUUCUAUCUUCCUUUCACUCUCAUUCUUCGUUUAGGGUUUUCUCUCACUCUCUCCAUCAAUUCAUUCCCAAUAAUAAUAUUAAUGUUGAUGAUGCUGUUUUCUCAUUCCAUCACAUGCUUAAUAUGCGUUCUACUCCUUCCAUUGUUCAAUUUAACAAGAUUUUAGGGUUCCUUGCUAGGACUAAGAAUCAUUACGCCACUGCCAUUUCCCUUUUUCACCAAUUGGAAUUCAACCAAAUUAAACCAAAUAUUAUUACUUUAAACACUCUCAUCAAUUGUUAUUGCCACACUGGUCAAAUGGGUUUUGCCUUUUCCGUAUUAGCCAAAAUUCUCAAAAUUGGAAUUCAGCCUGAUACCAUAACUUUGAAUACUCUUAUCAAAGGUUUGUGUCUUAACAGUAAGGUUCAUGAAGCUCUGCACUUUCAUGACCAUUUGAUUGCACGUGCGUUUCGGCUGGACCGAAUUACUUAUCGUACUUUAAUUAACGGGCUGUGUAAAAUUGGGGAAACAAGAGCCGCCAUGAAAAUGUUGAGACAAAUUGAUGGGAAGUUGGUCAAUGUGGAUGUGGAAAUGCACAGCAUAAUAAUUGAUAGUUUGUGUAAAGAUAAAUUUGUUACGGAAGCCUAUGAGUUAUAUUCUGAAAUGAUUGCAAAGAAAAUUUCUCCCGAUGUUGUUACUUUCACCGCUCUUAUAUAUGGAUUUUGCAUUGUUGGUCAAUUGAGAGAUGCAUUUGGCUUGUUCCAUGAAAUGGUAUCAAAAAACAUCAACCCAGAUGCUUAUACUUUUAGUAUAUUGGUUGAUGCUCUUUGUAAGGAAGGAAAUGUGAAAGAAGCUAAAAAAGUGUUAGCCAUGAUGACAAAAGAAGGUGUAACACCUGGUGUUGUUACAUACAAUUCAUUAAUCGAUGGGUAUUUCCUAGUUAAUGAAGUGAACAAGGCCAAAAAUAUAUUUUAUACUCUGGCUCGAAGGGGAGUGGCUCGUGAUGUUCAUUCUUAUAAUAUAAUGAUCAAUGGAUUGUGCAAGAGUAAAAUGGUGGAUGAGGCCAUCAAUCUCUUCAAAGAAAUGAGUUGCAACAAUAUUAUUCCUGAUUUGAUAACUUACAAUGCCCUUAUUGAUGGUUUGUGCAAAUCAAGGAGAAUCUCCUAUGCUUGGGAGCUUGUUCUUGAGAUGCAAGAGAAUGGUCAAUCGACCGAUAUAUUCACUUACACUUCUUUAAUACAUGCUUUAUGCAAAAACCAUGAUGUUGACAAAGCUAUUGCAUUAGUCAAGAAAAUUAAAGACCAGGGCAUUCAACCAGAUAUAUGCGCAUACAAUAUACUUCUAGAUGGACUAUGCAAAGGAGGACAACUUAAGAACGCACAAGAUGUUUUUAAGGAUCUUUUGAUUAAGGGAUAUAGUCUGGAUAUCCGAACGUAUAAUAUUAUGAUCAAUGGACUUUGUAGAGAGGGCUUGUUUGAUGAAGUAGAGGCCUUGUUCUCCAAAAUGGAAUACAAUGGUAUCAUUCCUGAUGCUAUAACUUAUGAAACUAUUAUCCGUGCUCUCUUUUAUAAAAAUGAGAAUGAAAAGGCAGAGAAACUUCUCCGUGAAAUGAUUACUAGAGGUCUACUUGAAAAGUAACUCUAGGUUCCUUACUGCCUGCUUGAUCUAAAUCAUUAUGCAGGAUCAAACAAACGGCCCACAUCAUUCAAGGAUAUCUGAACUGCAGGAUCAGUUGAUUAUUCAUCAGUAUUUAGUUUUGAUUGAUUAGUAUGUACUAAUGACGAGGCUGUUGGAACUGUAUUUAUGGCUACUUUGAAUUUUGUGUUAUUUGUGCGACGCGAGAGCUUUUGUCAAUGAAGAUUCAGACACACAAGCUUAUCAGAAAUGAUAUACUCUUUGUUUUCUAUUA